GGCUGUGCAAAUCCUUCGCUCCCAAAUGUGUGGCUGUGGUUGAAAAUAUUUGGAGGUUUUGCUUUGGUUUGGUUGGGGUAUUUUUUUUUUGUCGAUCUUUGACUGGGUUUUAGUUCUCCAAGGCCGAGACAAUGGCUUUCUUUGUGAAAAAUAUGAUAAGUAACCAGGUAAAGAAUUUAGGAUUUGGAGGUGGGUCUGAAGAAAAGAAAGAAGAAGGAGGCACCUCAGACCCCGCGGCGGCUAAAGGGAUGACUAGAGAGGAAUACGAGGAAUACCAGAAGCAGAUGAUUGAAGAGAAGAUGGAGAGAGAUGCUGCAUUUACGCAGAAAAAGGCAGAGAGGGCGUGCCUACGAGUCCACCUCAGGGACAAAUACAGGCUUCCAAAGAGUGAAAUGGAUGAGACACAAAUCCAACUGGCCGGAGACGAUGUGGACUUACCAGAAGAUCUCCGAAAGAUGGUGGAUGAAGACCAAGAUGAGGAAGAGGAGAAGGAUUCUAUCCUUGGGCAGCUGCAGAAUCUCCAAAACAUGGACUUGGAUACCAUUAAAGAAAAGGCACAAGCCACCUUCACAGAAAUCAAGCAGUCAGCAGAGCAGAAGUGUUCUGUGAUGUGAGAGGGGCAGACUGCCUUCAGGAAGACGGGGCUCCUGGGGGUGGGCAUGACCAGCACGCAUUAUAACUUAGCAAAUAUAUCUAAGGAAACCAUGCUGCUGAGGCUGUCUACUACCGGCAUGUAGACAAUAAUUCGGUCGAUCUUGAUGUCCCAGGUACGGCACUAACCAGCCCACAUAUCACGGACAUGGAACAUGUUUCCCUUUAGUUAUAAUAAGAAAUAUCAGCCAUAAGUUGUGAUGUAGGACCAUCUGGUUAAAGAUCUUUAGGACAGCCAGGAGUCAAACAAAAGCAUUUCCUCUCCAGCUUUCUUCCUUAGCGAGCAGGGUCUCACAAUGUCCAACCAUCAGUGUGAUUCGUUACCUCCAGAGGAAAGGCUGCUUGCCUGGUACCAAGACUACAGGUGACAGAGAAAUCAGAUGUCGAAUUGCUUUUUACUUCCAGCAUCCUUGAUAUCCAUGAUUUUUUUCCCCUUAAAACCGGCUCUCAGACACUGUGCAAGUCAUUUUGUGUUUCUGCAACCAAAUAUCUGACAUACACAUCGUAAAUGGAAGAAAGAUGUAUUCGGGGGUCAUGGUUCAGCAGGUCCAGUCCAUGGUUGCUUGGCUGUACGGGAUUGGGCAGAACCCCAUGUCAGGGAGGAUAGAGGGUGGAGUGGCAUCCAGAAACAAGAAAUGCACACUCAUCUACUUCCUUAAGUUAGGUCCUACCUGCGACCCUUUAAUACAGUUCCUCACGUGGGGGUGACCCUCCCCCAGCCACAAAAUUAUUUUCUCUGCUAUUUCAUGACUGUAAUUUUUCUAGUGUUAUGGGUUGUAAUAUAAGUAUCUGUGUUUUCUGGUGGUCUUAGGCAACCCCUGUGAAAGGAUUGAGAACAGCUACCCUAGUACAUGGCGCCAGAUGACACUAUCUCAGUUAACACCAACUCCUAAGAAUAUGGGUUGGGGCAAGGAGGAUGUGUAUAUUAGGUCAGAAAUUCUCAAACGUUCUUUCGUGGCCCCUUUCACUUGAGAAAUUUUCACACACUCUGGUGUACAUAUGUGAAUAUUCACUGACAAGUCAUAAAAAAACCUGAAACAACUUUACAUAUAAUUUUAGCAUUUAUUAAAAUAAAAGGAAAUGUGUAUUCUAAGAA